GAUCACGUGACUGCUCAUUGCCAUUGGUGAGCUCUCCCCAUUAUGGCGGAGAAUGGAUUGUCUCUUCUAUUCAAAUUCAUUUUUUGUGUCUUGAUGCUGGUAUUUUAACCCAGAAUAGAUUUCGUUUUACUUAAAGCACACUUCGUUUUACUUAAACCACACUUCGUUUUAAGUCAUGGCAGACCGUGGCGUGGAUUUCUCUGGUAUACCGAAAGAGCUUCGAGACCAUUUGGCAGAGUUGGAAUUGGAGCUAUCGGAAGGUGACAUCACACAGAAGGGCUAUGAGAAGAAACGAGCCAAGCUGCUGGCCCCUUUCCUCCCUCAGAUCACCAGUGUGGAUCUGCCUCUCCCAGACGUCCAGCAGCAGUCGUCCUCCGGCCCUACCAGUGGUGAGCCCAGCCCUGCCAGCUCGGACCGUAGCCCUGCCAGUCCUGAGGCCUCUGGCCCCUCUUCUUCCUCCGGGGGCCGCAGAAACCGCAGCGGGGGGGCAAGGGAUGACCGCUACAGAUCAGACAUCCACACGGAGGCGGUACAGGCAGCGUUGGCCAAACACAAGGAGGAGAAAAUGGCACUGCCCAUGCCCACCAAGCGCCGCUCAGCCUUCGUCCAGUCACCCGUAGACAACUGCACCCCUCCAGACACAUCGUCAGCGUCUGAGGACGAAGGUUCUCUGCGUCGCCAGGCGACUCUGAGUGCAGCGCUGGUCCAGAGUCUCCAGAGCCCAGACUACUGGAUCAACCGCUCAGUGCAGAGCUCCUCCACCUCCUCCUCCGCCUCCUCCACCCUGUCCCACGGGGAAAAUAAGACUCAGACGCAACCGCAGCCGCAGCCCACCUCAGCGCUGGCCGACAUACUGGCAAGCACACGCAUAGAGAACAGUGUCCCCCCAGAUGUGACGUCCUACACCCCUGAGAGGGGUUCAAGGGUGGACUCCAGGGUGGACCUGCCCCCCAAUGCUAUGUCCAGGGGGAUGCCCCGAGGACAGAGCCGCACCAGCAUGCUGGAUACCACCGCUGACGGUGUACCAGUGAACAGCCGUGUUUCCACUAAGAUCCAGCAGCUGCUGAACACUCUGAAGCGGCCCAAGAGACAAGCGCUCAGUGAGUUCUUCCUGGAUGACUCCGAGGAGAUCGUAGAGGUGCCCCAGCCGGACCCCAACACCCCCAGGCCAGAGGGCCGUCAGAUCAUCCCAGUGAAGGGGGAGCCCCUGGGGGUGGUCAGUAACUGGCCCCCGGCCCUUCAGGCAGCCCUGGCACGCUGGGGAGCCACACAGGCCAAGAGCCCUGCUCUCACCGCCCUGGACGUUACCGGGAAACCCCUCUACACGCUGACAUACGGUAAACUGUGGAGCCGCAGUCUGAAGCUGGCCUACACUCUGUUGAACAAACUGGGCACCAAGAACGAGCCAGUGCUGAGACCUGGUGAUAGGGUGGCGCUGGUGUACCCCAACAGUGACCCUGCUAUGUUCUGGGUGGCCUUCUAUGGCUGUCUCCUAGCAGAGGUCAUCCCUGUACCCAUAGAGGUGCCACUGUCUAGACAGGACGCAGGCAGUCUUCAGAUUGGCUUCCUAUUGGGCAGCUGUGGGGUAGGCCUGGCCCUGACUAGCGAGAUCUGUCUCAAAGGACUGCCCAAGACACCCCAGGGAGAGAUCAUGCAGUUCAAAGGUUGGCCCCGUAUGAAGUGGGUUGUGACAGACACCAAGUACCUGACCAAGCCCUCUAAAGACUGGCAGCCCCACAUCCCCACCGCCAACACAGACACUGCUUACAUCGAGUACAAGGCCAGUAAAGAGGGGACAGUGAUGGGAGUAGCCGUGUCUAAGAUAGCCUUGUUGACACACUGCCAGGCCCUGACACAGGCCUGCAACUACUGUGAAGGAGAAACGUUGGUCAACGUGCUAGAUUGUAAGAAGGACAUGGGAUUGUGGCACGGGGUGUUAACCAGUGUGAUGAACAGGAUCCACACCAUCACUGUACCCUACGCUGUCAUGAAGGCCUGUCCCAUGUCCUGGGUGCAGAGGGUCCACAUACACAAAGCACGUGUGGCCUUGGUGAAGUGUCGUGACCUCCACUGGGCUAUGAUGGCUCACAGGGACCAGAGAGACACCAACCUGUCCUCCAUACGCAUGCUCAUAGUAGCCGAUGGAGCCAACCCCUGGUCCGUGUCGUCGUGCGACGCCUUCCUCAACGUGUUCCAGUCUCACGGGUUAAAGCCGGAGGUCAUCUGCCCCUGUGCCUCCUCUCCUGAAGCCCUCACUGUGGCUAUCCGCAGGCCUGGUGCCCGUGGUGCAGCCCUCCCAGCCAGAGCCAUCCUGUCCAUGGGCGGUCUGAGUCACGGGGUCAUCAGGGUCAACACAGAGGAUAAGAACUCUGCCCUCACUGUACAGGACGUGGGCCAUGUCAUGCCUGGAGCUCUGAUGUGUAUCGUGAAGCCAGACGGCCCACCGCAGCUCUGUAAGACCGAUGAGAUCGGAGAGAUAGUGUUGAACUCCAGGGCUGGAGGAACCAUGUACUACGGCCUGCCUGGAGUCACCAAGAACACCUUCGAGGUGAUUCCCGUGAACCAGGCUGGAGCUCCGUUGGGAGAGAUCCUCUUCACUAGGACUGGCCUGCUGGGCUUCGUAGGGCCGGGCAGUCUGGUCUUUGUAGUGGGAAAGAACGAGGGGCUCCUGACGGUCAGUGGUAGACGACACAAUGCUGAUGACCUGGUGGCCACCGCCCUGGCUGUGGAGCCUGUUAAAACUGUCUACAGGGGGAGGAUUGCUGUGUUCUCAGUGACCGUGUUCUAUGACGAGAGGAUAGUGAUCGUAGCAGAGCAGAGGCCUGACGCCAGUGAAGAGGACAGCUUCCAGUGGAUGAGCAGAGUACUACAGGCCAUAGAUAGUAUUCAUCAGGUGGGUUUGUACUGUCUGGCCCUGGUCCCGGCCAACACGUUACCCAAGACCCCGCUGGGAGGGAUCCACAUCUCUGAGACCAAACAGAACUUCCUAGAGGGGAAUCUGCACCCAUGUAACAUCCUCCUCUGUCCACACACCUGUGUCACCAACCUGCCCAAACCACGACAGAAACAACCCGUUGGUGUGGGCCCGGCCUCUAUCAUGGUUGGUAACCUGGUAGCGGGGAAGAGGAUGGCCCAGGCUGCAGGCAGAGAGCUGGGCGUGCUGGAGGAAGAGGGCCUGGUCAGGAAGCUCUGUUCUUGGCCCACCAUGAUGCACCAGUUUCUGUCUGAAGCCUUACAGUGGAGAGCCCAGACCGACCCUGACCACGUCCUCUAUGUGCUGCUCAACGCUAAGGGGGUAGCGGUGUGCACGGCCACGUGUAGUCAGCUGCAUAAGAGAGCAGAGAAGAUAACCUCAGCCCUGAUGGAGAGAGGAGGCCUCAACACUGGAGACAACGUAGUGCUGCUAUACCCCCCUGGCAUUGAUCUGAUAGCUGCCUUCUAUGGCUGUCUGUACGCGGGGGUGAUCCCUGUAACAGUGCGCCCCCCUCACCCCCAGAACCUGACUGCUACCCUGCCCACCGUCCGCAUGAUCAUCGACGUGAGUAAAGCAGCCUGUAUCCUAACCACCCAGCCCCUUAUGAGGAUCCUCCGGUCCAGAGAGGCUGCUGCCAGCGUCAACGUCAAGACCUGGCCCACUAUCAUAGACACAGACGACCUCCCCAGGAGGCGGCCCCCCCAGCUCUACAAGCCCCCCACAGCAGAGAUGCUGGCCUACCUGGACUUCAGUGUGUCCACCACAGGCAUGCUGACCGGGGUCAAGAUGUCCCACUCGGCGGUCAGUACUCUGUGUCGCUCCAUCAAGCUACAGUGUGAGCUCUACUCCUCACGCCAAAUAGCCAUCUGUCUGGAUCCCUACUGCGGCCUGGGCUUUGUACAGUGGUGCCUCUCCAGUGUCUACUCAGGUCACCAGUCCAUCCUGAUCCCUCCUAUGGAGUUGGAGGUGUCCUUGCCUCUGUGGCUGAGCACCCUGAGCCAGUACAAGAUCAGAGACACCUUCUGUUCCUACUCUGUCAUGGAGCUCUGCACCAAGGGCCUGGGAACGCAGACUGACGCACUCAAGGCGCGGGGUGUGAACCUGUCGUGUGUGAGGAGCUGUGUGGUGAUAGCAGAGGAGCGUCCCCGGCUGGCACUGACCCAGUCCUUCUCCAAGCUGUUUAAAGACCUGGGUCUCUCCCCCCGUGCGGUCAGCACAGCCUUUGGAUCCAGGGUGAACCUAGCCAUCUGCCUACAGGGAACUGCUGGACCAGACCCCUCCACUGUCUAUGUAGACAUGAAGUCCCUCCGCCAUGACAGGGUGAGGUUGGUGGAGCGAGGUGCCCCCCAAAGUCUUUCCCUCAUGGAGUCAGGCACUAUUCUUCCAGGGGUGAGGGUGAUCAUCGUGAACCCGGAGACCAGGGGACCGCUGGGGGAUUCCCAUCUUGGAGAGAUCUGGGUUCAGAGUCCCCACAGUUCCAGUGGCUACUACACCAUCUAUGGAGAGGAGAGCUUGCAGGCGGACCACUUCAACACACGGCUGAGCUUCGGAGAGCCCCACACCCUGUGGGCCAGGACGGGAUACCUGGGCUUUGUCAAGAGGACCGAGCUACUGGGGUCCACCGGAGAUCGUCAUGACGCCCUGUUUGUGGUGGGCCAGUUGGAUGAGACGUUGGAGCUCAGGGGGCUUCGCUACCACCCCAUCGACAUCGAGACCUCUGUGUCCCGGGCACACCGCAGCAUCGCUGAGAGUGCUGUGUUCACAUGGACCAACCUCCUGGUUGUAGUGGCUGAGCUGGCCGGGUCGGAGCAGGAGGCCCUGGACUUGGUGCCUCUGGUCACCAACGUAGUUCUGGAGGAGCACCACCUGAUCGUGGGCGUGGUGGUUGUCGUGGACCCGGGCGUCAUCCCCAUCAACUCCCGGGGAGAGAAGCAGAGGAUGCACCUCCGGGACUCGUUCCUGGCCGACCAGCUGGACCCCAUCUACGUGGCCUAUAACAUGUGAGAUGUGAGGAGGAGGGCCAAGCCCCAGACACACUGGGGUGAAGGCUGGCUAUGGGGGUCCACUGGGGUGAAGGCUAACUAUGGGGGUCCACUGGAGUGAAGGCUGGCUAUGGGGGUCCACUGGAGUGAAGGCUGGCUAUGGGGUUCCACUGGAGUGAAGGCUGGCUAUGGGGGUCCACUGGAGUGAAGGCUGGCUAUGGGGGUCCACUGGAGUGAAGGCUGGCCAUGGGGAUCCACUGGAGUGAAGGCUGGCUAUGGGGGUCUAAGAAUGAGUUGAUGGACAGAGAGAGAGGCGGGGGUGUGGGAUGGACUGCUCCUACUGAGAACGGACCUCUCACAUUCACUCAUCUGUCAGUGGGACAGCGUGGCAGAACAGGAGUGGCGAUGGUGAAUGGGCGUGGACUUAGUUUAGCCACCCUGUUAGUGUCUUCUGCCUAAGUGCGUGCUCUCUCUCUCUCUCUCUCUCUCUUGGCCAGAGUCUACUCUACUAUGUUUAUUGAGUUUUUGGGUGGGAGUGAAGCUACAGCAUGUCCGUCUGCAUGGGUUUGAGCUGCUUCUUACUGGUGCUUAUCCAACCACUCCCCGCCUCUCUCUGCCAGAGGAGGAAUAGGAUUGGUAACUUCUCUUUGAUUGACAUUUAGGUCCAGCUAUCAAGGAGACGUUUGCCAAUACCCUCAUCCACUGUCUCUCCCCUCUUCUCUCCCGACUGCUCCGAUCAAUGAUUUUAUCCCCAGAAAUAAAGAUUUUUGUGCAUCUUGUUUUAUAGAGGAAGACAAAAACUGUAGAGAUUUGUUUAUCGUCUCAAUCCAUUCCAUGGUUUGUUUUUAGUUCAGCCUGUACCUUGCGCUCUCCUUUCUCCUGAGGGGUCCACAGUCCGUCAUGUUUGUCAGGAUGGGACCGUGGAGCCAAUGAGACGAGCUGAAAGCUUCCCCCCCCCAUGCACUUUAACCUUUCCUUGUCCUUCCAUAAUCUGUCCUGUCUCUCCUAGCCUGGUCUCAGAUCUGUUUGUGCCGUCUUGCCAACUCCUCAUGUGACAAUGACCGUAGGAGUUGGAAAGACAGUGCGAACAGAUCUGAGACCAGGCUUUGUGUGUGUCCCAAAUGGCACCCUAUUCCCUAUAUAGUGCAUAUAUGUCUCCUGGGUAGUCGAUGUGAAACUGACUUCCUCUAACCACCAUUUUUCAUGAUAAAAUUCAGAUCAACAACUAUUCAAACAAUACAAUACCGCCAGCAAGUACAGCUCACUUCAGGCAAACAGAUGCCUGCACCUCUGUAGCUGCACUUACUUUGCGAGCUGCGAUCGAUCGGUCAUCGUACAUUUCUGUCCCACACAUCUCUAAGUUUGUUUUAACGGCUCACUGCUAUGUUACAAGCUUUCCGACUUGCUGGAAGAAAUCACUUUUAAAACCCACUUUGAAUUGGUAUGGAACGAAAAAGGAUGUGCAACAAACCUAUCAGCAGCAAACUGAAACGACAAAACGGACAAGCUGUUUAUUUCUGGACAAUAUUCUAAGUCCUUGGAUGUAUGAGCGGGAAUGACAGUGAUCUCAUCGAUCAUGUAAAGAAAAGGAACUCCUGUUUAACUGUAACGCUAUUCAAUGGGCUUACGUUUAUAUGUCUGUGCAGCGACAAGACACGGUAAACUGGUGUAGAUAUUUACCUUUAAACAUCUGUAUUCACUAUAGUGCACCAUACAGUAAUGAAUUGUAAAUAAUCAUUAUUUAAAUAUCAAGCAAACACAAUACCAGUAAUAUGGAACAAAUGAUUUCUGAUAAACUGAUUAUCUUAUUGGCUGAUAUCACGGAGGCUCCUAUACCGAGUCACUAUAUCUUAGCUUGAAUAAGUAUCAGUCAGUCAGUCAGUCGACUGCUAGCCUCUGUCACGGGCUUUCAACAAGCCAAGCCUGGCGUCCAACAAGCCAAGCCUGGCGUCCAACAAGCCAAGCCUGGCGUCCAACAAGUCAAGCCUGGCGUCCAACAAGCCAAGCCUGGCGUCCAACAAGCCAAGCCUGGCGUCCAACAAGCCAAGCCUGGCGUCCAACAAGCCAAGCCUGGCGUCCAAGGCUAGUCAAUUGCUAAGCUUGUUUCUUUGUUCUGUACUGUCCAUUGAGCCACAAAGGGCAUCUUCAACUCUGACUAACUUCACGAGGCUACAUCGGGGUUAUCAGGAGACUGCUGCCCUGUGCCUUUCUAUUGUGUUAACAUGAACACGUAACAUCUUCAGAAAUCAACGACUUGGUGUAUUACCAAAACAGUUUGCAGUGGGUAUAAGAUGAGAACACAUUCUUGCCUUAUAAAACCUGUGGAACUUUUAACAUUUUAGUUUUUAUUUGUCAAAGGCUUUCAUUUUAUUGCUGUGCUUGUGAUGAAUAGAAAAGGGAUUGCGGAGGGUAAAGUUGAGAUGUUGACUGUAUAGCAUAGUGUAUAUUUUAGAGGUCAAAAACUGUAUAACUGGUGUUACUGUGUACAUUGACAUGAUGAACUUAUUCUUAAUGUUGAUAAAACUUGACUGAUCUUUCAUACUUGACAGCCAAUUUCUGCAUUACUGACAUAAAAAUAGGCUAAGUAACAAAUUGCAAAAUUCAAAAAAGCAUCUUAUGGUUUGGCAGGUGGUAACAAUUUGCACUUUCCCAUAUCAUUACUGUGUGUGUGUGUGUAUGAUCGUAUGGUUUAAAUGGUGACAUUGUUUGUCUUUCCUUGUGCAAAAAAAGUUUCAUUGCCCUUUUUAAUUAAAUGAACAUCAAAAUAUUGAACAAUAUUUUAGUUCCAGAUUGUUUUUUUUUAUGUCAAAUUCACUGUACUACAAUUUUUAUCAGUUGAUCAACCACUUUUUUUUUAUCCAAAUGAGACAUUAUUGAUUUAAAUGUAAUUCUAAUGGUUUUUCAUGCAAGGUUUUAUGUUCUCUUUCUCAUGAACUCAACGAUCCUACAUUAACAGCACAACUCUGUUGCAAAACGAAAGCCUUGUUUGAUUUGGAAGUAGUUUAGACUACUUGAAUGACAAGACAAACAUUGUCAUUUAUAAGUCCAUCUCUUGAGUGAAGUUGAAAUUGAAUGGUUCAUAAAAUAAAUGUAUUGAACUUGGA